UAUGUUCUUUUAGAUUCCUUGAGCUUCUGCCAGUUGUUUUUAGAGUGUCCGCUCGAAUGCUGCUUGCAGAGAAAUCGUCUAAGAAGUGACCCGUUACCUGACCAGACAAUAUGUUUAAUGGCAAGAAAAAUAGAGAUGCCAGAUCCCAAGAAAAACACUUGGGAACGGAACAGCCUCAUUCUGAGAAGUUCUGACAGCACUUCCGAGGAUAAGUACGUUACUAUGAUCAUGAGUUUGCUGGCUACUGCUCUGGAAAAUCCUGUGAAGCAAAACGAGGAGAACACUGAGCAAAAGGAAGCAGAUCGAGCGAUCUCUGCAGCUAGUACCGUCCAUCAGGCUGAUCAGACGUGCAGACGCAUCAUCUCUCAGACAAUGAAGGAUGCAAAAGAUAAAAACGUGCUCCCAAGUGAGAUGAAGAGCCUGGCAGAAGAACUUAACAAACUCAAAGCAGACUUUUUGGAAGACUUGAGGCAAGGAAAUAAUUUGAAAAACCAGAUUUGCAUCCAAAAUCAAUGUUCUGACCCUGCUACAAGUCUCAUUUCUUCAUUCCAACAUGAGGCAGCCAAUGUAGUUAAUAAAUACAUUUUUAAAUGA